GCACCCACGCCGCUCGCCUCCGCGCUGCAGAAUACGCGCUGUGCCCUCUUCCUCCACUCGGCUAACUCAAAAGCUUCCUUCCCCUCAUCCUUUGGUCGCUUGGCGUAUCUCUCCAUCUGAUUCCGGCCGCGUCGUACGCUUCCCUCCCCGGCUGGCCCGGACGACUCCCUUUCUGCAGGAGUUUCCCAGCGGGCCCAGAUAACGUGUGGCGGUGGAUAGAAAAGCGCCGGCGCCUUAGCGGCCUAGUCGACAUCGGUCUCAGACGCAGAAAGGUCGCGCUGUGCGCUCCCUCCUUGCGUGCACUCUCGACGCUCUUUGCUUUCAUCUCGACGCUGAAACACGUGAGCUCACAAGCGAGCACAGCAUGUGGUUCGUUCUGUCCGCGUCGAGGGCGUUCAUCGAACGAUAGGACUUACAACGUCAUCUCCCACUUCCGGCUGCCGAAGAAGUUCGUCGUCUGCUACGUCUGCAGCGUUUGAAUUUCCGUCCUCGAGCAGCUGUGAGACCUGCACUGGAAAAUGUUGAAUGGUUAAGUGUGGGUCGCUUCUACGUGCAUCGGCCGGGAGGACUCGCUUUUGACCGAAACUCUCACGGCACUUGCCCCUCGUCUUCAAGCACAUCACUUGCCCAGAACCGCCAUGCCAAUCACGGGCCAGGUACCGUCGCUGUCGGCUCUGCAGCCCCUGCACGAAGUCGCGCACAACCACCACCACCGCCACCCGGCCAAGGACCAGUACCGCGUGGUGGUACUCGGGGCAGCACGAGUGGGGAAGACGGCCAUCGUGCACCAGUUCCUGUACGACGAGUUCCCCGUCGACUACUUUGCCACCGUCGAAGAGUUCCACACGGCCGAAUACGAUUUGAAUGGUGCCUCGCUCACGCUGGACAUCGUGGACACGAGUGGCAGCUACCCGUUCCCGGCGAUGCGGAGGUUGGCCAUCACCACGGCCGACGCGUUCGUGCUCGUUUACGCCAUCGACGACCCGGAGUCGUUCGAAGAGGCACGCGGCAUCCGCGACCAGAUCGCCGAGCUGCACUCGGCCACGGCGCCCGUGGUCGUGGUGGGCAACAAGUGCGACCUGCCCGCCGCGAUGCGCCGCGUCAGGCGAGAGGUGGCCGAGACCAUCGUCUCCAUCGACUGGGAGCACGGCUUCGUCGAGUCCUCGGCCAAGGAGAAUGUCAACGUGUUUGCCAUCUUCAAGGAACUCCUUGCUCUGGCCAAGAUCCCGUAUGACCUCAACCCGGCCGUCCUAAACAAGAGGCGGCGCUCGCUGCCCGUCUACGCGACCAGCCCGACCAUCAAGGACAACACGUUGCUGAAGAGGAACAGCUGUGCCGUGUCAUGACUACCCUAGUGUCCCUAACAAGUCCCUAGUGUUACCUGAACUUCUGAGCACGCACGUUUACCUGUGUUGCCAGCGAUUGGGAUGUUUAUCAUCUGCGCUGUUGUGCGAUACUGACCGCACAAAUUUGCAGUGAAACAAAGAACUGCAUCGGCCUGACCAUAGCGAACGCUUUUGCCGGGCAUAAAUGCCUUUGUUCUACACUCAACGUACACGAGAGACCAAAACUGUGAAACCGCUAUGUUCGCUAGGUCUUCGUUAAGUCGGGAACUCUUGUGUCCCCGACAACCAAGCCUACCAAAGACAAUGAGUGAAAUUGUGGUGGGAGGAACAUUCUACAUAAAAACGUCGUUGGUUCCAGUCUGUAGCUUGUGAAAACAAAUAAAUAGUGACUUUCACCUGUUAACAAGUGAUUCUCCUUCGUCAAAUUGACGACUCGGGCCUGCAAUUCACUAUGAGCUUAACAGUACGUAUACUGAGCUUAGAGCUGGGAUGUUGAGCAACCUGGCAUUCACCUCGCGCUUCCACGAUCAACACGAAGCCUAAUUUAUAGAGUGGUCCAAAUAGACUGCUGUCGAAGUUGCUCUUGGCUAUUAUUUCCGACAGAUUAAAGUUCCAGCUGCAGAAAAAAAUAUAGUAUAUCGCUUAUGGGAUUAAACUUCUUUCCUUUCGAGCAAAUUCAUUGCGGUGGAAUUUCGCUAGUGAAAGCUGAAGUUACAAGCCGCUUGUAUGCGCAGCCUAGGAAGCCCGGCAUUAGCAAAAAAAAAAAAAAGAACGAAAGAAAGCACAAUACUGCCAGCAUGACACAGCAGAAGCAGCCUAUACUUCUGCAUAAUCCACAGCUUCUCAUGAGCAUCGAUACAAUGGUGUCACGUAUCCUCUGCGGUCUGGAACAUUUUACCCAAGAGGACUGUCACACUGCGAACAUAACCUUCACGGCAGUGAAUUCUCGAGUUCAUGAUCAUGACGGUCAUAAACUGUGCCGCUGCCCAGUGAGUUCUUGUUCUUUACGAGUGUUGUUGCAUCUCGUCGAAAUAAAUUGGCGCAUUUUAUUCAUUA